AUGCACCCUGGCCUGUACCCUGGCCUGUGGCCGCCGCUGGAGCCGGCUGCCGGCCGGCCGCCGCCGCUCAUCAGCCCGCCGUCCCGGUCCCCGCCGGGGCCGCCGGGGCCGCCGGGGGGUCUGCUGAGCCCGGCUGGCCUGCAGGCGGCGCUGCUGGCCCAGCUCAGCGCCCAGCACGCCAGCCAGCUGCAGUACCAGCGCGCGCUGCUGGCCUGGGCGCGCCUGGUGGCCGGCGGCCUGCCGGAGGCGGCGGCGGCGCCCGGCGGCGGCAGCUGCUCCCCCACCGCCAGCAGCGGCUCCCCGCCGCGCUCCGACGGCUCCCCGCCGGCCCGACCCGCGCGCAGGACCGCCCCGCGCGCCAAAAUCUUCGCCUGCCCCCUCUGCGGCCGCAGCUUCGGCUACAAGCACGUGCUGCAGAACCACGUGCGCACCCACACCGGAGAGAAGCCGUUCCAGUGCCCUGAGUGUCAGAAGAGGUUCACGCGCGACCACCAUCUCAAGACGCACAUGCGGCUGCACACGGGCGAGCGGCCGUACCAGUGCGUGCAUUGCGCGCGCCGGUUCGUUCAGGUGGCCAACCUGCGGCGUCACCUGCGCGUGCACACGGGCGAGCGGCCCUACUCGUGCCGCCACUGCCCGGGCCGCUUCUCCGACAGUAACCAGCUGCGCACCCACGAGAUGACGCACACCGGCCGGCGGCCGUUCGCCUGCUCCGACUGCGGCGCCCAGUUCCGCCGGCGGCAGCAGCUGCUGCUGCACCGCUGUCCCGCCGCGACUGCGGCCGGGCAGACACCAGCGGAACGGGAGGACGACGGGCCCGCCACGGCGGCGGCGCUGGCCACGCUGGCAGCCCUGAAAACGGAGCUGGAGCCGGCGGUGAAGACGGAGCCGCAGCUGGAGCCGGUGACGGGCCCGGGGUCCGCUCCGGUGGCCGGGUUCUCCUUCAGUCUGGAGACGGGACUGAGGCCUCUCCCGGCCGGCCCCAGUCAGACGGGACUGAGGCCGCUGCCAGCCGGUCCCAGUCAGACGGGACUGAGGCCGCUCCCGGCCGGGCCCAGUCAGACGGGACUGAGGCCGCUGCCACCCGGUCCCAGUCAGACGGAGCCGGAGGACCUCAGCGUGUCGGCCGCCGGCCGCCGGCCGUCCGGGAUGGCCCCGCCCGGCCUCCGGUGGCUGUCCGGCUCCGGGGGUCCCGGAGACGCACCGGGAGCGGGGCAGGUCGGCGGCGAGUCCGUCCCGCCGUGGGGCUUACAGCAGCGCUACGACUCCCGAUCCGAGUCGGAGGGCAGCCGGAGGCCGUCCACCUCCUCACAGGACCUGCCCUCGGUCGUCUGGCCGCCACCGCGCCACGACCAGCCCGUCCAGCAGGUGAUGAUGUCUUCCGAGCGGGGGUGGCUGCGGCCGGCCCUCUCCCCAGCUCCGACGGCCCCGACCGGCGCUAGGAGACGGAAGCGACGUAGACAGACGCAGGCGGAGCCUCCCCGCACUCCGUGGGAUCUGUCGCAGACCACCGGCCGGGGUAUCUCGGAGGAGAGCAGUGCCGUCCCGCUGCGGCGAGUCAGUCAGCUCGACCAGCCGAGCUCCGGCGAGGGAGAGCGGGAGAGCGUGGCUGAAGUCGAGGACGCCCGGCACAGGCCGGUGGAGGCGCCCGGGCCGCCGGGGCGGGACCGGCGGACGCUGCCGCCGCUGGUGCCGCUGUGGGCUCCUCAGCAGACCUCCGGCGCUCCUCACACAGCGGAGGAGGACCGUCGGAGGACGGAGGACGGUCAGAGGACGGAGGACCGGCGGAGGAAGAGCGAGGAGACGGGCAGUGCGCUGCUGCAGAUGCUGACCGUGUCGGGGUCACCGCCGGCGGCUGAGCGGCCGAGGGACCGCGAGCACACCGCCCGGGGGCACCGGGCGCCUCCACCGCUCACGGCGCUGGAGCUGGGGGACUGCAGGCGCGAGCGGGGCCGCGGACUCCCGGACGGGGGUCCCCACUGGAGAGCAGCCGAGGUCGAGCGUCACCCGGUUGAUAUCUUCAAGUUUCGUGAGAAAGACAACGCCGAUGUGCAGAUAUUGGAUGGCGUCAGGGGUUAGCUCUAUAAAUCCCGUAAAGGGUUGUACUACGUACAAAUGAAGCCAGUUUUAGAGUCAACAGCUCCGAACUGAAGUCAUAACUUACGGGUAUUUUAACGUGGUUGUGUACUGUUAAUAGUUCUGGUGAAUAUUUAGGAGGGAUUUCUCGUCAGGCCAGUCGGUGAUGCAUGCUGAACCCACGGCAUCACGGUAUGGCUAGUUGAAAGGUAUGCGUUUUCCGCUCCGGUUGGAUAAGCUGCCGGAACACGGUCGCAUGUGUUUAUUAUACCACAAUAACCUCGCUUAACCAAAACCUGAGCGGUU